AUGACAACUAGUAGUCAUCAAUUUGACUACAAUCGAAGGAACUCAAACUCAGCACCUUAUUCUAUACCUAUCAAACAGCAACAGCCACGACCACAACAACAACGAGAACGAGAACAACAACAACAACAGCUGUAUAAUCAGUACAAUAAUAACCAUGAGAACAGCACUCGCCAAUAUCUACCACAGCCGGAGAAGCACAAUCAGCUGCACUCACAUUCCCAACAUUACAACAGUAGUAUACACUCACACGGUACCUCCUCUUCGUAUUCACAACAACAACAAGAGCCAAACACUUCCGUAAAUAGUCACCAUGAGCAGAAUCAGCAAAAUCACUCUACAGAACAAGGUGUAAACUCCAAACAACAACACCCGUUUCAUUAUCACAAAUUUGAACAUCAGCACCAACGGCAAGAAGCUCAACUGCAGUCUCUGCAGCCUCAGUCCCAACAACGGGAGCAUCUAGAAGAUCUGUCCGCUAUAACGUCUCCGCCACCACUGAAUGGCCACCCUUUGCCAAAGCUUUCACGAGAUUUCGUUGUUCGUCGGACUAGUGAGGGAGAAUCAGGCCGAGUCAAGGAGGAGUUGAGAUGCGAAGCAUGUGGUAAAGGCUACAAACAUAUAUCUUCACUAGCUAAACACUUGUGGGAGCAUACACCCGAAUGGAAUGUAACGAAAAAAUUGUUGAUUUCAAAACAUCAACAAGUACAAUUGUUGGAGGCUGCUAGUAUUUUGGUGGGGAUGAAUCAUGACUCUUUGAAUAAUGGUAAUGGAAGAGAUUUUAAGGGAAUCAGAAGUACGAGUUUGCACGGUGGUCCACCAGCUUCUUUGAAAUUGCUUCACAAACGAGGUGAAUCUGAGCAAUUGGCCAAUUUACCUUCACCGUUUUCACCUACAAGUGACCAUGACAAUAGCAAUGAGGUGCCAGCUGUGACUCCGCCCAAAGAAGAAGUCUUUUCAAGGAAACUACUACACUCGGAUUUUCCAUCAACUUCAAUGUCAGGAUCGGCAAUACAUUCAGAUUCCGAUAUUCAUAGUGAAGCAGAGUCUGACUCAACUGCGAACAACAAGGUACACAACAAAAUAGGCACCAACAACAGCGGCAACGGUGCAGCAGAUCAUCGUCACUCGAAAACAGAAACACAUAGCAGUACAAACAGUGGACCAAAAGAAUAUCAUUUCAAGCCCCAUCAUCAAUCAUAUGAGACGGUAUCACAAAAAUAUUCAGUACGGAACGACCUCAAACAACCAACGCCUAUUUCGCCAUCUGUCCGUCCUCAACAGCCGGCUUCCUCGUCCUCGCCAUCGUCCACUUUAUCUGCUCCAGCUCAAGCUCAGAUCUCGGCGCCGAGUGCAUUAAAUGGAAGUAAUAGGAACCUGCACUACUUCCUCCUCAACCAAUGA